AUGGACGAUCUAUGUUAUGGCACAGGAACAACAUAUUUGGCCGGUCUAACAUUUGGUGGUACGUGGGGUUUGAUUGAAGGAUUACGUGGACAUACACCUAAUUUUAAAUUACGAAUAAAUACGGUACUUAAUUCUGUCACGAGACGUGGUCCUUACAUUGGAAAUUCAUGUGGAAUUUUAGCCAUGGGUUAUAACAGUAUCAAUGGAAUAAUUAGUAACAUGAGGGGUAAACAUGAUGCUAUGAAUAAUGUCGCAUCUGGUGCUUUAAUAGGCGCGAUCUUUAAAUCUACUGCCGGUAUAAAAGCCGCAGCAACCGCCUCUGUAAUCUGUGCAGCCACUGCUGGAACAUGGACUGCCUUAAAACAGUAUUUCUUUAAAUAUUAG